CCCUAGUUCCCGCGGUCUCCAGCGCGCCCUUUUAGCUGCUUGGCGGCAGGUCUUUGCGAGUUUUAGCUGAGGGACGUGUUUUCGCGUUCGCUUGGUCAUGGAGGCUCGGUCCAAGCUGCUGGACGCUACCACUCCGUUCCGUCGCUGGACCCGAAAACUGGUGCUGCUCCUGCCGCCACUUCUGCUGUUCCUAUUGCGGACCGAAGCUAGGCAGGGCUUGGAGACUGAGGAGCGGUUCCGGACCCGCGAAAAUGAGUGCCACUUCUACGCUGGUGGACAAGUAUACCCUGGAGAGGUGUCCCGGGUUUCGGUUGCAGAUCACUCCUUGCAUCUAAGCAAAGCCAAGAUUUCCAAGCCAGCGCCUUAUUGGGAAGGAACAGCUGUGAUAAACGGAGAAUUCAAGGAGCUCAAACUGACUGACUAUCGUGGGAAAUACUUGGUUUUUUUCUUCUACCCACUGGAUUUCACCUUCGUGUGUCCAACUGAAAUCAUCGCUUUUGGUGACCGAAUUGAUGAAUUCAGAGCUAUAAAUACUGAAGUGGUAGCAUGCUCUGUUGAUUCUCAGUUUACCCACUUGGCCUGGAUUAAUACCCCUCGAAGACAGGGAGGGCUGGGGCCAAUAAGUAUUCCACUUCUUUCGGACCUAAACCAUCAGAUCUCAAAGGACUAUGGUGUAUACCUUGAGGACUCAGGCCAUACCCUUAGAGGCCUCUUUAUUAUUGACGACAAAGGAGUUCUAAGGCAGAUCACUCUGAAUGACCUCCCUGUGGGUAGAUCUGUGGACGAGACACUACGUUUGGUUCAAGCUUUCCAGUACACUGACAAGCAUGGGGAAGUCUGCCCUGCUGGCUGGAAACCUGGUAGUGAAACAAUAAUCCCAGAUCCAGCUGGAAAACUGAAGUAUUUCGACAAACUUAACUGAAAAAUACUUCAGUUGUGAUGUUUGGGCCUUCUCAAUAAAGGUCACUGUUGUUACCAUA